AUGAAAAAACCGUUCAAGGGCUUAACUUUCUGUCCCACCGCCUUGCCAGAAGAAGUUUCGCGUAAUGUAUCGCGUAAAAUCACCAAACUAGGCGGUGGAUACUCCCGCGAUUUGACCAAAAGUGUCAAUGUGUUGAUAGUUGGCAGCAUUGCGACCAACAAGUACAGGUUCGCAGCUCAGCACCGUGCGGAUAUAGCGUUCAUUGACGCAGCAGCCAUCGAUACAAUCUACGAUCUGUGGCUCACGGGAGAGGAUAUUAGUAUGGAAUCACAUUCUAAUUACUCUCAUGUAGAUAGUAACAAAGACCGUAUGCUUAAAGUGCUGCACUCGAGAUACCAGUUGGGACCGCUCAAAGACUUCGUGGUGUUUAUAGGCCGAAUCAACAACACUCGUGACGAACAGCUCAGUCUCGACAAACUGGACACUUUAUGCAUACAACAAGGUGUCCAUUCCUGUAAUACUCGACAUUUUGUCAAGGAAAGCCACUGGACACGCCCCACUGUAUUCGUCACGGACCACCCACAUGGAGCUCGUGUGGAUGCUGCUCGUUUACAAGGUCUACCCAUAGUUCACCCCAAAUGGAUUUUCGAUUGCCACAGGAGAAAUGCAUUGCUGGAUUUUGUAUUCUACCUGUUGGAAAAGAAUCUUUCGGCCGACUUUAGUGCCAUUGGAGAAGGUGCCUGUUCAUGUUGGCCCGAAGUUUUGCUGCGUCAAAACUUAAGCGAUGAUUCGCUAUCGCAUGAGGAGUUUGAGCAAAACCAGCAUCAGCGCAACGUUAUGGAUAGAUUUUCAUCUCAGGGGAAUCGCCUCUGGAAUAGUGUCAUGCAUAAAGCCAGCAAUCCUGGUACAAUCCAAAACGAAACUCAAACUACAACUAGAGCCAUACCGAAGCAAAAAGCACUGAAACUGCUGGAAGAUCAAACUUACUACUUACUACAAUUCCCGCCUAGGAAGAAGGCUAUCUUAGAAACCAUUAUAGUGCAGAACGGUGGGCAAUGUCAUGAAUACGAUCCAGAAAGGAAUGUGUUGCAAAAUUCGUUUUUGGUGGUACCCAGUAAUCUUUCAGUACCGAUCCUGGAUUCUUUGGGCAAAACUUUCCAAAGCGUUGUGACAGAGUUUUACUUUGAAAGGUGUCUACACUAUAAGAAGUUAUUAACACCCGACGCGUGGUGUACACCUUUUAGCACUGAAUUCAAGAUCAAUGCAUCCCAAGGACUGAAAUCUCACACAGGCGAAUUGGACGCAUUGAAUGUAGCUAUUACAGGUUUCCAAGGUGUUGAAUUGCUGCAUAUUACGAAAAUGCUGGAAUCUCUAGCAUCAACUGGGCUACGACUUCGAGAAGCCUUAAACAAAGAAACCGAUUUUCUAGUCAUCAAUCUGGGCGCUUUGACGAGUAUCCACGAAACACAUCCUUUGUGGAAGAAUGAGUUUGCUUCCAUGUUUGCCGAAAAUCGCAUCGUUCAGCAAAACCAGGUACAUCGCAAUUCCAUGAAGCGGAAAAUCGAGUUCAUCAAACAAAGACAUAGCAUUCCUGUUGUCACGGCUGCAUUUGUUGUGGAGAUUUUCAAACGUGCGUCCAAAUUGCAAGCGCUUGGAAGAGAAACUGCUAAAAUUCACCUUAACGACGUAAAUUGGUGCAUAUCGUGUCCGAAGGGCGAUAGAGAUCAAUUGUAUCUUGAGAUUUGCAGCAAGCCACCUACUCCAUUGUCACCUGCUGUUUCGUUGUCGGCCCGCAAUGAACUUCUCAAAAAGCUGAACCCAGGUGGUGCGUCACCUUCGAGAAAUAACAGAAGCGAAAUAAUCGCCCGUUUCAAUGACGCAACAACUAAGCCAUCCGUACCCCAGAGCGUCACCAAACGUUCGCAUUCGGACCUAGAUGUCUUACCAAGUGCCUUGAACCAGAAUGCUCUACCCAGAGACAAGAUACCCAAACUAGCGCCUACAGAACCGCUUCAACCAAUCCAACGAUCAUCGAGCUGGGGCAGAAUGCUUUCAGACCAGGCACGCAAAUCUGAAUCUGUUCACGAAGCUUACUCUUCCAACUCAGCCACAGAAGAAGAACAAGAAGAGAAAGAAGAGGUCACACAUACUCAAGUAACAUAUGGAUCGCCACACCGGAAGAUGACAUCUCAUGUCACUACUAAAAGGCUUACUCGUCAAAACAUGCGUGAAAUCGACACUUGA